AGGUUCCGAUCUCAACGCUCCAUCGCCGCCAUUCUCUAGCCGCCGGGGCAAAGUGUUCCCUUUCCCUCUUACUCCCAAUGGGAAUUCUUAACAUUGCAAAUACAAGCCCGAUGGCUGUGGUAGAAUAUGAAUUGGGGACCAUAUAGGGGAAAGACAUACUUGCACCCAUGCUGGCGGGUAAAUUAUGAGAUAUAUCUUAUCUCUCGAUGCUCAUACUUUGACGAUCCUGACUCUAGUUCCAUAUUUGAGUUGGGCUCAGUUCAAAUAACCCGAUAUGUAUACAAGGGUUUUCAAUGGGAACAGACGGCAAGCAAACACUGUCAUUACCCGCUGCUACGGCUCCCUGCCAAGCUCCAACCUACAUCCCCCGGUCUUCUAAAAGGCGCCGAGCAGGCAUUCACUCGGGGGCAGUGUCACCCGAAUCUUCUAGUUAGCUCCCUCUCCCAUACCACGCUCAAGUACGAUCCACUCGGCACCCGCGGAAAAAGAAUAUGCACAGAGGUGGACGGGAGAAGCCGGAGAUCGGCCUUUCUUAAGAUUGGGUCGGUUAGGAAUUCGGCCGUGCUAGCUCUACUGAAUGAAAGACCCGGUUGGGCACCUGGAUCGUGCUCAUGCUGCACGUGUUCAGGUCGCACCGAGUGCUUGCAAGUGACAACAACGGAGGGGCCCGGCUCGGGGUGGCCAGACUCCGACUCUACGCUAGGUCCCCUUCCCACAGUCGGACAGGGAUCAUGGCUUUGGCCAUAGACUCACACCAACGCCCCCACCACGCAGCGUAACUGGAUAAAUAUGGGUCGCGAGAUAAUACAAGACAUGGGCAAAACGAAAAUUGGCUGACAUGAUUCAACAGGGAAUGAUGAUCAA